AUGAAGUCUCCUAUCCCUGACUAUCUUCGCCAGGUAUUGGAAAAGGCCCGCCCGGAGGAGUCCGGAAACCUUGCCAGCUAUAUCGAUGUGCUGGCGAAAGCGGACCCCUCUAAAAUGGCCGUAGCGCUGUCGACGGUAGACGGGAAUCUAUACUCGGCCGGGGACGACGAGGUCGAGUUCUCGAUCCAGUCAAUUUCCAAAGCCUUCGUUUAUGCCCUGGCCAUUGAGGAUGCUGGACUGCCACGUGUCUUGGAAAAGGUCGGGGUGGAACCAUCGGGCGACGCAUUCAACAAGCUGUCGUUGCAACCUGGUACAAACCGACCAAUGAACCCCAUGAUCAAUGCCGGUGCUAUCGCCUCCCACACCAUGGUGGUGGGCGAGAAUGCCACAGCAGAGCAGCGGGUGGAUCGCAUAUUGAAGGCAUUGUCCAAACUGGCAGGUCGGGAGCUGCAAGUAGAUGAGGAAGUCUACGAGGCUGAACUUAAGGACGCCAAUCGAAAUAUCGCCAUCUGCUACAUGCUCAAGGCAGCAGGCAUCAUUUCGUGUGAUCCACAAGAGGCUGCCCGCGGGUACAUCCGCCAAUGCUCUAUCAAAACCAAUGUGCGCGACCUCGCUAUAAUGGCAGCAACGCUUGGCAAUGCCGGCGUACAUCCUAUCACCGGAGAGGAGAUUAUGCCCCACGAAAGCGCCCGCCAAGUCCUCUCCGUCAUGACUACCUGUGGCAUGUACGAUUCCUCUGGGGCCUGGGUAUCCAGGGUUGGCAUGCCCGCCAAGAGUGGCGUGGCCGGCGGUAUCAUCGGCGCCCUGCCCGGCCAAGUGGGCAUUGCCGUCUUCUCUCCGAAACUAGACGAGCGUGGCAACAGUGUCCGAGGGGUCAAAAUGUUUGAGCAGCUCUCAUCCGACAUGGGCCUACACAUGAUGGACAGCAGCCAGGUUGGAAGAGCCACCGUGCGUACAUGGACCAUGACCAUAGCCGGCGGCGCCGAUCAACCCCACGAGUGCGAGCAGGAGGUGCCCGUCUUUGGUCUGCGAGGCGCAGUCCGUUUCGCAGGUUCUGAACGCCUUACUCGCGCUAUUGUGCGCGACCUCACCCCUCCGACCUCUGCCAACCCCGAGUAUGGGCGAUACAGUAAUGCUUGUGCCGUUAUCUUCUCGUUCAAAGACACUUAUUCCCUAAACUAUGUCGCCCAGCGAAUCAUUAGUGAGGAUAUCCGCCGCCUUCUUGAGGCAGGUAGAAAAGUGGUGGUGAUAGACCCUGCCAACGUCCUAAAGAUUGACGGCUGCCCUGCUUUUAACGCGAUAUCUCCUCACGUGGUCAGUGAUGAAGCUGAGGCGCGCCAUUAUAUCGGUGGUCAAGGCUGCAGAGCCGUAGCUAUUAGUGAGGAUAGGUGA